UUGCCGACUUGCCGAGUAUAAAGAAAAAGAAUUCGUAAAUUUUUGCCAAACAUAAAGUUGUAAUUAUUUUGGCAUGUAAUAAUACUGAUUAAAAUCUAAAUAUUUAAAAAACUAAAAUAAAAAAUCAUACGGUAAUAGCAAUUAGAAUAUAUAAAAGAUGAAUCCAGCGAAAGAAAAUAUCAGUGGAAAAGUAUUAUCUGAUAAAAUUGGUCAAUUAUUAUCAGAUCAACAAUUAAAAAUAUCUGUUGAUCAGUUUCAAGAAUUGUGUAAUCAACCAAGUGUUCAACCCUUCUUAAAGUGGUUUUGUCAACAUGUGUCACAAGAUAAUAUUUUAUCAAAAAAAGAAAUUCAGAUGAGCAAAAGUCUAAAGAAGAAUAACAAAUGGUUAACUGGAGAUAAAUUGGAUAUAGCGUUAGCAACUGCUUUGAAAGAUCACCCAGAACUCGAAUCUAAAGUCGAGGAAAAUGUUAAUAACUAUGAAGCAGAACUUUACAAAGCUUGCGAAGCUGAAAAAGAAGCUUACACCGAAGAUCUUAAAUAUCAAACUUCUCUCAAUAAUUCGUUGAAAAGAUUCAAAGAACUGGAGCUCAAACAAGAUGAGGAGUUAGAAAGAGAGAAAAUAAAACUAGAAAAUCUUGAAAUUGAAAAUCUUAAAGUAUACAAUGAUUGUCUUUUAAUUACUGAGGAAUAUGAUCUUGCUCUAAAAGAUUUGGAUAUUUUUUUAAAACAGACAUUGAAUGCUUAUCGUGAUGUUACAAAAAAGAGAUCGCGAAUUAUUUGUUGGAAUCAAGUUCCGUUAGAUAUAUAUGUAAAACAAAUAGACACUUAUAAUAAGUACCUUGAAUCUUACAUCGAAAAAAAUAGUUCAAUUUUUAAAAAAUAUUUUCCCGAUAAUUUUUUACCUGUAAACGAUGAAACGGAGAGUAGUAAUGAAGAAACUAAUAUCGGCUCAUUUAUGGACACAGAAUUAAAGUCAUCCGAAAUAAGGUUGACAAAUGCGUUGUCAAAAAAAAUUGACUGCGAAGUUAAUAGAUAUACAGGAGAAGCAGCAAUAAAGCGUGCCAUUGAAAUAUACAACGAUGGUGAUAUCGAUCUUCCAAAAACCCAUUCACAAUUAAUGUCUGAAACGGUAGAUUUGACAGCUAAAAGGGAUAGUUUAUUGCAAAAUAAUUUAGUUUUAGAGCAAGAAUUAAAAAAUUGUAUUGUCACAUAUAGCCAAUUAUCUGUUUCUCAGGUACUAGUUGAUAUGCAAGAGUUUCGAUUACAACAAAAAAAAAAUGAAUUAAAGCAAUUACAAGAUAUAUUGUACAUUGCACGAGAUAUGGGUCAUGCUCAUUCAGAUUUACUCUCAAUGUUAAUGCAAUCUCAGCUGAGAAAAUUAACAAAUCUUAGAAAAAUAAUUCCUGAAGCUCAACGUUAUCUAAGGACAAUUUAUCAACAAUCCUCCAAGAGACACCAACAUUUACAACAUCUUCAAGCACAGUACAAUAUAGUUGACAAAUCUUCGUCUUGUGAAGAAAAUAUUUAUAAAAAACUCUUUUCACAAUUAGUAUCAGGGGAUAAAAAUUCAAAAGAUUCAUUUGAAUCAUCUGUAAAACAAUACAAUGGUAUCAUUGCUGAGAAUAUAAGUUUGAAAGAAGACUUAUUGGAAAAUAGCUAUAAUAAUCAACUACAAUAUCUAAAGACUCUAGAAAAACAAGUGAUGAUAAUGUACGAUAAUGAAUUAAACAGUGGUCAAACGAAGAGUUUUAAAUUAAUGUCUAAUGAAUUGACUGCUCAAUUUGAACAUGUCAUUGAAUCCAUUGAAAAAAAUCAAAAUGAUUUUAGUCGAAUGAGGAAAAAAUUUAAAAACUUUUUGGAAAAAAUAACUCAAAAUUUUUCCGACCACGAAAAAGAAAUACUUUGGCAGAAAUUUUUAGCCGAUCCAGAAGGUCUAAAACGUCGAUACGAUGAAAUUCAGAAUGAAUUAAAUCGUGCUCAUUUUGGGAAUUCAGCUCUUAGUGAACAAUAACCAAAUAAAUAAGUUGUUUUUCUAUCAAAAAAUAUUCAUUCAUAUACUCUUGUUAAUAAUAUAAUAUUUUUUUAUACUUUUUUAAUAAAUGAGUAUUUAAUUCAGCUAUAAUUACGUAAAUCAAUUAUGUAAAAAUAUAAAUAUAUAUAUAUACAUAUGUAGAUAGUAAAACAAUCAGGGUAGAAGGCAUAAUUAGUAAUAAUAGCGAGAGAAAAAAAAAGUAAAACAUUUUUAGUUUAAAAUAGAAGUUAUAUUACGCAUACUGAUGCGCUAAAAAAUAUACCAAUAGGGUUUAAUGACGACACAUAAUACAAUUAUAUUUAUUGCUAAUUGUAGACAGUACUUGCGUAUACGGAUGAAUCAAAGAAUACAUACACUUACCGAAGAAUGACGUAGUGGCAUGCUUGGCCAUGCUCGAGAGUAACCUUGAUCCAAACAUCCAGAUUUUAUUCCCCACUCAUCUUCCUUUCUACCAUACACAUGUAAUAUUCCACCACCACCACCACCACCACCCAUUGUCAAUAUCCAGUAUUAUACUAUAUACGCUGUACUAUCUAUACUCUAUUCAUUGUAUACAAACUUACAAAUAUAUACACACAUACAUACUAGUGUUAUUAUUUUUGUUGUUGUUGUUGUUGUUGUUGAGUGUCGAGAGCAGUCGAGAGCGUCCAAACUAAAAAAAAGUGACUCAUUCGACCGACACCAACGCGCCGUUUAUCGUUCAUCGACAUUAUUUAUCAAGAAAAUCAUUAAUUUUAUAAAUAAAUAAAUAUAUUUACAUAUUUAAUUAAUUUAUUUAUUUAAUAAUAUUAACUAUUGAUUGAAUAAUUGAAAUCAGUAUUGAGCAUGUGUGAAUUGUUGGUAAAUAGCAUUACAAUUUAAGUAGAGCUCGUGUGUAAAAGUGUUAAGUGUAAAAGUGUGUGAGUAGGAGGGUAUUAUCGAUUUGCCAGGGGUUCAAGUUAACGGUUUAUUUACAUGAGCUAAUGUUGUACCUCUUUGCGCAUGCGCUCCAAGACCAAAACAAUAAUAACAGAGUGAAAAGGUUCAUGGCUGGCAGCAGCAGCAGCAGCAGCAGCAACAACAGCACAGACCCAUCAGCCAAACAUACGA